AUGGCCGAAUUCCUGAGCGUUGAACUGGUGUUGAUGAUCGCGAAAGAUGUUUACCUGGUCUCGAAAUGGACAUAUGAAACAGUCAGCGUAGCUCAACGAGCAGACGAGCACCUCGCGGAGCUGAAGCGUCGAUUUGAGGUCCAACUAGACAAGAUCAGAGGAUUCGCAAACAUAUACCUCCGUGACCUCCCUCCCGGAAAUGAAAGAAAAUACCCAUGGUUGAGGGAUGUGAAACUGAAAUAUGAGGAUCUACAGAAGCUCCUCGCUGGCGGGUGGACUAGGCUAGCUCUGAAGUACGACCCGACUUACAAGCAAUUCUACAAGGCAUAUACCACCGCUACCCUCGAACAAGAUCCCUCUCAUCUCCAAAUCCCUGGCAACCGGGAGCAGUGGCUCAUUGAAGACACUGCAUCGCCCACAACGAGCGCGCAGUUGCCGAUGACAUAUAUGCCGCUACCGUUGGGUGAAAAUGUGAAUGGACAAGUGUCCGAGAGCUUCAGAAGGGAACAUUCCGGAUUUCAUCAAUGGCGCUCAGACUAUAAGUCUGCCAAAUCGAAAAUCAAGGCUUCAAUCAACAGUACCGUUGCUAGGUACAAAUUUGCAGGCUGGGACAAAAAGAGAAUGGAGAGAACACUCUCAGAAGUGGAAUCGAUCACGGACAGAUUAUUUGCCUUGGUCCCUUUCGUCAUGGCGACGCAUCCUAGAUUCCCUUCGCAUUCCGAUACUAAGGUAGAGGUCCGGGAAGGUGUGCUCGAAGCUUUCCAUCAGCUGUUAGGUGAGAAUCUGGGCUCUCCUCAACGUCAACGGGAAGCCCAGUUGACAGGCGCAACCAAUUAUCUGGGCAUCCAGAGAGUCAUCGAAAUCGAUGACGACGAGACCACGACGGCCGAGCAGCACCAUCGAUUACUGGGAGAAAUUCCAAUUCCACUGGACUCGCAGGGCUAUCUGUCAUGUGCAGCUCUGGAGCCAGAGAACUGCGUACAACUUUCCGCCGGGGCCAUGGUUGAGAGCGACGGCACGAGCCACGAAGUAUUGAUCGAAUAUAAGGGCUGGGCAGCAGACGACGAAAAGCCCUUCAUUGUGCAACGUCGGAAGGAUAUCGAGAGCUUGUUCCGUGUGUUGGCACUGGCACGGGCUCCCUUCUGGCCCAAUUUGCUGAAGUUGCGAGGUAUAGUUGUCCAAGAGGCUCAUCAUCGAUACGGCUUCGUCUUCGACUACCCUCCGGACUCCCUUCACAAGCAGCCCAUGUCGCUGCAAGAAAUCAUCGCCUCCUCAACCACUCUUGACGGAAGUUCAGAUCUUGAGAACCGUCGUCGUAUUGCCUCAGAGCUUGCAAAGUCGUUGGCGGCUCUGCAUACUGCAGGCUGGGUGCACGAGAGCAUGUGCAGCAGAUACGUAGUGAUCUUCGAGGACACGGAGUCUAGGUUGGCCUACAACAAGCCAUACCUGGUCAAUUUUGAAUUCGCCCGUUCUGCGGGGUCGACAACCCAAUUUGCAUCCGCAGCAGCGGACCACCUGCGACUAUAUCAACAUCCGGACCGCUUGCAGCCUGGCAAGGCAGUCAAGUAUACACAGAAGCACGAUCUGUUUUCAUUCGGAAUAGUACUUCUAGAGAUUGGUCUGUGGCAAACAGCCGAGAACAUGUGGAGAUCUAGACAGGAAUGCGACAAGGUCAACGGGGUAGACAAUCUGGGGGCCAAGGCCAUGUAUGUUGCUCUCGCCAAAGAGAAGCUCGGCUUUGGAAUGGGGAGGAAAUAUCGAGAAGCCGUCGUUGCACUUCUGGAGGCGGAUCAAAGCAGCAUUCACCUUCUCCAGAAUGUCAGGGAGGCGUGUUCCGACUCUUUCGAGAAUUCGUAG